AUGGCGGAGCUGGCUUCGCCCCGCACCAAGAUGGCGGCGUGGCGGCCCCGCCCCUUAUUGGCCGAGCGGGGCGGCGGCGCCCGGUGUCGCCGGUGUCCUUGCGGCGGGCGGCGGCGGCCGGGAGCGGAGCCAUGCUGGGCUGCGUGGCGAGGGCGGCGCCCGUUGUCAGGGGGAAGAGGAAACCAAGACAGGCCGAGGGAGAGCUUUACGAUCAUUUCUGUCCUCCCAGCCAUGGAUAGCAAGCAGAAGCAAGCAGAGAAGGCCAGGCCCUAUGGCCUGCUGAAGCCAACAGCUUUAGGCAAGAUCCCAGGCAGAUUUCUACUUCAUCAAGAAGCAUUGCCCCCUCUCCCCGUGCCGCCACUUCAGCAGACGCUGGACCGCUACCUGCUGACCCUGCAGCCCAUCAUCAGUGAGGAGGAGCUGAACCACACGCAGGAGCUGGUGGCUGAGUUCCGCAAGCCAGGAGGUGUUGGGGAGAGACUGCAGAAAGGCCUGGAGAGGAGAGCGAGGAAAACAGAGAACUGGCUCUCGGACUGGUGGUUGAAGACAGCUUACCUGGAGUAUCGCCUGCCAGUUGUGGUUCACUCCAGCCCUGGUGUGGUUUUACCUAAGCAGGAUUUUCAGGAUCGACAAGGGCAGCUCAGGUUUGCUGCAAAGCUGAUCGAGGGCAUCCUGGAUUUCAAGACCAUGAUUGACAAUGAGACCCUCCCAGUGGAGUACUUGGGUGGGAAGCCCCUCUGCAUGAACCAGUACUACCAGAUCCUUUCAUCCUGCCGCAUUCCUGGGCCCAAGCGGGACUCCAUUGUCAACUACGCCAAGGGCAAGAAGCAAUCCAGACACAUCACAGUGGUUCACAACUUCCAGUUCUUUGAGCUGGAUGUGUACAACAGUGACGGCAGCCCCCUUACCACCGACCAGCUCUUUAUUCAGCUGGAGAAGAUCUGGAACACCUCCCUCCAAACAAACAAAGAACCUAUUGGAAUCCUCACCACCAACCACCGAAACAGCUGGGCAAAAGCUUACAACAACCUUCUGAAAGAUAAGACCAACAAGGAAUCUGUACGUACAAUUGAGAAGAGCAUUUGCACUGUCUGCCUUGAUGCACCGAUGCCACGGGUGUCUGAGGACAUCUACAUGAGUCGUGUGGCCGCUCAGAUGCUGCACGGUGGAGGCAGUCGCUGGAACAGUGGGAACCGAUGGUUCGACAAAACCCUUCAAUUCAUCAUUGCUGAAGAUGGCUCCUGUGGUCUGGUAUAUGAGCACGCUCCCGCAGAAGGUCCACCCAUCGUUGCUAUUCUGGAUCACAUUGUGCAAUACACGAAGAAACCCGAGCUGGUGAGAUCACCAAUGAUUCCUUUGCCAAUGCCCAAGAAGCUGCGGUUUAACAUAACUCCAGAAAUCAAGAAUGACAUAGAGAAGGCAAAACAGAACCUUAACAUCAUGGUCCAAGACCUGGAUAUCAAAGUGAUGGUCUUUCAUCAAUUUGGGAAAGCCUUCCCCAAGUCAGAGAAGAUAAGUCCUGAUGCUUUCAUCCAGCUGGCCUUGCAGCUAGCAUAUUACAGGAUGUACGGCCAUGCCUGUCCCACGUAUGAGAGCGCCUCACUGAGGAUGUUCCGUUUGGGCCGCACAGACACCAUCCGCUCUGCUUCCAUUGAGUCUCUUCAGUUUGUGCAAUCCAUGGACAGCCCUGACAAAUCGGACCAGGUGAAAACCGACUUGCUGAGGAGAGCUACCCAGGCCCACAGGGAAUACACAGAUAUGGCAAUAAGGGGGAAUGCAAUAGAUCGCCACCUCUUGGGCCUGAAGCUUCAAGCUAUUGAGGAUUUAGUGAGCAUGCCUGAACUGUUCAUGGACACAGCAUAUGCUGUUGCAACGCACUUCAAUCUCUCAACCAGCCAGGUCCCAGCAAAGACAGACUGUGUGAUGUGUUUUGGUCCCGUGGUUCCAGAUGGCUAUGGAAUCUGUUACAACCCUAUGGAUGAACAUAUCAACUUUGCCAUUUCAGCAUUCAACAGCUGUGCUGAAACAAAUGCAGCUCGCAUGGCACAUUAUCUUGAAACAGCACUGCUAGACAUGAGGAGCUUGCUCCAAUCUACUCCCAAAUCCAAACUGUAAGAGGCAAAUACGAUGUAAAAUCCCCCACGAGAGAGGCUGUCUUUCUUGCACUGAAGUUCCCAGUUCCUCAGAAAAUGAUUGAGGGGACAGCCUGUCCUGACUGGAAUCUAGGAGGGCAUCAUUUGUUUUCAGCAAGACAGAAUCUAAUAUCUACAGAUAUGUGACUGUGGGGCAGAGGAGAUGUUGUCUAAAGCCAAAGCACAACUGAGUGGUCCUCUCCCAUCACUGCUAAGUGCACCUUCCUGUCCUCAGAGAGGACUAAAAUCUUUUUAUGGAACUUACUGUAACAGAAUGUAGAGAAAGCACAGUCCUUACCAGUAUCUACAUCCAUUUGGUGAAGAAGGUAGUUCUCCAGGAAGAGCAGGGAAUGUUUAUGAUAUGAUGGGACUACUGCAAGACUAAGGCUUUUUCUGGUUUAGGCUUCUGAAGAGAGCAGCAUCUUUGCAACUCAUCUGAAGAGUUCUUUUACUGCAGCCAAACACCAUCAUUGAACAAAGGGGAGAAAGAAGUCAGAGCAGAUCCUGUCUUGUUAAGAGUGCACUGUACUACCCGUCCCAGGCACCUUAUCAUUACAUACUUUGCAGCCCUGGAAACGUUCCCUUCUUCUAUCUUUAAGAUGCUGAGAUCUUUCCAUUGCACUGACCCAACGACAGUAUACUACUCACUACAAGCUAAGGCAGCUUUGUUUGCUUUGUUCUGGGCUUUUUGUUCAAGCUUGCUGUUUGUGGGCCCAGUCCUUCAUCUUCAGACUGCGUAAAGCUCCCCUUCAGAGCUUCCACAAAACUUGUCUUGCACAGGUUUUAUGAACUUCAGCUUUAGGUACCUU